AUGUUUCCAAAUAAGUUUCCAAAUAAACUACCAUUUAAUUCUAAAAAGCUCAAUAAGGAGGAAAUAACCGAUUUUAAUCAGCAAAUGAUUGUUGAAUCAGAAUGGUUUAUUGAUCGUCUUGGAAUGUGCGUUCGAUCAGUCAACUGUGAGAAAAAAACUUAUGGGCAACCCUGUUCACCAUGUUCCCAUAUUCAUUUUAAUUCAACUUUUUUGAAUCGUUUGCAUUGUGUAGUUCCCGAUCCAAAAAAUACUAAAUUUACACCGAAAUUUUAUUAUGAAAAUAAUCCGUUAUUAAUAUAUCUAAAAAAUGGUCAUAUUAAACAAUUAAAUGAAUUCCUUAAUACCGAGGAUUCAUCUGUAGGAUUUUGGAUGGAACUUGCUAAUAAAGCUGUUCAAGGUGCAUUUGACCAAAAACCAGUAUUUAAAGGACUUUGCUAUAUUAUGUUACAAGCUGCAGAACGUAAAGAACAAGAAAAAGGCUUACGAAAUCUCAAAUAUCCAACUGAAUUUUUAAAUUUUCUUAUAGUGUUGGGAAGUAUUAGUUUAAAAGCAUUGGAUUUGUUCCAUCAGAAUUUAGCUGGUAUAACAAUUCGUACAAUAAGGUAUCAUAGAAGUAUUUCUGAAGACGCUAUUAACAAUCCCGAUCUUUGUCAUGAGAAUGUUGCUCGAUUUAAAAGGCUCUUAGAUUCAUUACACUAUAAAGGUCAUGUUGUAGCUAUGACGGAUUGUACAAUUUUAAAGUCCGGGUUGCAAUAUUCAACAAAUUUAGGUUGUAUUGUUGGAUCAACUCUAGACCGAAAUGAUUGCAAAAUUGAAACCUAUGAUGAUAUAUAUAAAAAGAUUUCUGAUAUCAAGCAAAGAAAUGCGAUUGCAAAAUAUGUUAGAGUUUACGUUCUUCAGGUACCUCUUCCAAGGUUUCCACCCGUAAUUGUGGCAUUAAUUCCAACUGGAAAUGACAGUGCUAAUAAAAUUUUAGCACUUCAUCAGAAACUUAUUGAUAUUGCAGCAGAUUUUGAAUUACCUAUAAUUUCUAUCGGAUCAGAUGGUGCUGCUGCUGAAUUUCAGGCACAAAAUUUACUACAAUCAAUUAGAACAAGAAACCGUGUUCAGCAUCGAAAUUCCCGAUAUGGAAUUAAUUUCAACUGUCCUGUAUUUCCCAAAGUUGGACCUAUAGUUCGUAUUCAGGAUCCUAAACAUGGGAAAAAAACAGCAAGAAAUGCAGCUAUGUCUGGUGCUCGUUUACUUACAUUUGGUAAUUCUACAGUACGAUUUGAUCAGCUGUUAACGUUAUCUUUUCAAGAAAAUAGCAUUAUGUAUAAGCGAGAUGUAAUAAAAUUGGACCGUCAGGAUGAUAAUGCUGCGUAUAGAGUAUUUUGCUCAAAAAAUUUGGCACAAGUAUUAGAUGGAGAAAAGGGAUUAUCAUCUGAAUUUUGA